AUGGUGAAACUGAAGCCCAGCUUGGCCAUAAGACCGAAACCAUACCAUUUCCUUUAUUGCCCGGACACAGGCUGGGCUGUGGGGGCUGAGGACUCUGACUAUGAGGGCUGGGCCUUCCCCUUCCCGGGAGUGACAGUGAUAGAGGACUUUGUGACCCCAGAGGAAGAGAUUGAGAUGGUACGUCUGAUGGACCGUGACCCCUGGAAGCUCUCCCAGUCUGGGCGGAGGAAACAGGAUUAUGGCCCCAAAGUCAACUUUCGGAAGCAGAAACUAAAGAUGGCGGGCUUCCAAGGUCUCCCCAGCUUCAGCCAGAAGGUGGUUCAGAGAAUGGGGCUCUACCCGGGUCUGGAGGACUUCCAGCCAGUGGAACAGUGUAAUCUCGACUACAACCCAGAACGGGGCUCAGCCAUCGAUCCCCACAUAGAUGAUGCCUGGCUGUGGGGUGAACGACUGGUGAGCCUCAACCUCCUGUCUGCUACUGUGGUGUCCAUGUCCCAUGAUGCCCCUGACAGCCUGCUGCUGUGCUCAGCCCCUUACAUUGGACCGGAUGCCUUUGCAGGCAGCAUCGAGACUCCCAGCAGGUCUGUUCCCUGCCAGAAGGUGGAAGUAGCCAUUUCCAUACCCUGCCGCUCCUUGCUGGUGCUGGCAGGGCCUGCACGGCACCAGUGGACACAUGCUAUCCACCGCAGACAUAUCAAGGCCCGCCGGAUCUGCAGCACUUUCAGAGAGCUGUCAGAGGAGUUCCUACCUGGGGGCAAGCAGCAGGAACUGGGGUACCAGCUGCUGCAGGUGGCACUGACCUUUCAAGGAAGACCCAUCUGA